UCCGUUUAUUAUUCUACCGCGGUCAUAAGUUCAGAGGCGACGAAGACGAGUCGUGCUCAGCGCAGUUUAGCAAGCAAGCAAAGUGGUGUUUAGUGAGGCCCAAAAACAAACACCCAGCAGUUGGGUAUAGUCGGUUGUACUUGCGAGAGCUACUAAGCGAUAAUCAAGUGGUCGAGUGGAUUCUAUACUUAGUUUUGGAAUCAUGAAAUUCCUGGUUGUUUUUGCUGUCGUGCUGCUGUCAACGUGCCAGCUUACCGUAGCCCAGGACGAUGUACAGCUUGUUCAGUUUACUAACGAGAACGGCGUCGAUGGAAGCUACAACUUUGCGUACGAGCAAUCCGACGGCCAGAAGCGCGAGGAAGCUGGCGUGUUGAAGCCGGUUGAGGGUGCCGAAGCUCCGGCCAUUUCCGUGACGGGCUCGUACGAGUUUACCGAUCCCACUGGACAGCGGUACCGCGUGGACUACACCGCCGACGAGCGCGGAUAUCGGCCAACGGUAACGAAGCUGUAAACUCUGCAGGAGAAUGAUUCGUGAUGUGCCAAGUAGACGAAACACUGUGAAAAUGAGGAGUUGUGGUUUUGGUUAUUGUUUUUUUUAAAGCAAAUGCAGUUAAAUCUUGUUUGUGCCAAACCAAAAGUUCUUAACUCACCUCUACCUUUGUUUCAUGCAGCAUUAAUGUAAAGAGAUUAUAGUUGCGACAAUAAAAAUACAUUUUUCAAAACGUUA